GCUUUAAAAAUGUCAAAUGUGUCAAAUUUUCUGGUUGCUUGCAGUAAAAAAUCAGACUAAAGCAAGUUAUUUCCACACAAAGCAGGUUGUGUAAGUUGGGUAAUUCUGGAGAAAAAGAAGAAGCGAAUGAAGGAAGUUUACGCUGAAACACGCUGAAGCGGGGAAACGAGGCAGAACCCGUCCUCACAAGCACACAGGCGCCAAGAUGAAGCUCCUGCUGGUCCACCUCAUGGUAGCAUGCGCUGCAGCCACUAAAGAUCUGUCUGACACCAUGCUGACCUUCCCACUGGAAACCAACACAGCUCAUGUGAGGUUGAACACCCCAAGACAGAACUUUGGUGCCGUAACCGUCUGCCACAGGUCCUUCACAGACCUCAAAAGGGAUCAUUCCUUGUUCUCCUUAGCCACGCCCACUUUCUUCAAUGGCAUCUUGAUUUUCUGGGACGCCACCAAUAAGGAGGUGGAACUCCACAUAAGGAACCAGAAUGCAGAGUACCGAGGGUUCGACUACAAGCCCAACAUGUGGCAUUCGAUCUGCACCACGUGGGACGCUGGCACUGGACUGGUGCAGCUGUGGUUUGAUGGACAGCCUUCGGUCAGGAAGUUUGUGGGAUCUGGAGCAAACAUCACAGGAUCUCCUAUUAUUAUUCUAGGACAGGAGCAGGAUAGACACGGGGCAGCGUUUGAGCUGAAGCAGUCUUUUGUUGGGAUGAUGUCCGACGUCCACAUGUGGGACUACACCCUCUCUGUCUGUGAGAUCCAGAAGUACAUGGACCAGACCAGCUUCACUCCAGGAAACACGCUGAACUGGAGAGCGCUGGAUUAUCAGACUACCGGCAACAUUCUGGAGGAAAACAGAUUCAGCCAUGUUCAGCGAUGCCCGUAGCGUGAGAGGAUUAACAUUUCUAACGUUGUGUUUUCCUGUCGAGUGAAAAUAUGAUCCGAGUUAUGAUAACCAAUAAAAACAGCUCAUUCGUGUUUUUGUGGCAAUAAUAA